UUUAGACGAAUAGUUUUAACAUUAACGAAAACAUUACCCGUUCACAAUUUGUGGCGAUGGCUUCAAUCCUCCCAAGUCAUCUUCUUCAUCAUCAUCACCUCCGCUGUUCUGCACUUGCUGCCAUUCCAAACCGCUUCUUCUACCUGACUCUCUCCUCCUCCAGCCGCACCAAGUCCGCUUUUUCAGCUUCACAAAACGAAUUCGCUUCUCUUGGUGAUUUAGAAUUUGAAGCGCCUCUGAAAAUAGCGAAAUAUCCAGACCCCAAGUUAAGGAAAAAGAAUAAACGCAUUGGAACCUUUGAUGAUAAUCUUAAGAAACUUGUAGAUGAAAUGUUCGAUGUAAUGUACGAAACUGAUGGUAUUGGUCUUUCAGCACCCCAAGUAGGAAUUAAUGUUCAACUUAUGGUUUUCAAUCCGGUAGGCGAACGUGGUGAAGGAGAAGAAAUUGUUCUUGUAAACCCAAGAGUUGGUAAACGCUCAUUGAACCGGACAAUCUAUAAUGAGGGUUGUUUAUCUUUCCCCGGCAUUCGUGGCGAUGUAAAGCGACCAGAAUAUGUGAAAAUUGAUGCACUUGAUGUCAAGGGAAAACGGUUUUCAGUUAGUUUGUCUGGCCUUCCAGCACGGAUAUUCCAACAUGAAUUUGACCAUCUACAGGGAAUCCUUUUCUUUGAGAGAAUGGCUGACGAAGUUUUUGAUAGUAUUCGUGGACAGUUACAGGCCCUUGAAAUUGAGUAUGAGGAAAUGACUGGAUUCCCAAGCCCUGAAAAGAUAGAAAGUCGCAGGACAAGAAAGGUGCCUUCUGGUUUUGGGAAAUCGUGAUCUUCAAGGUGUGACUAGUAGUGCAUAGUCAUCAAGGACAUCACCUAUGAUCAUAGCAAUCGUCAUUUAUUCAUGUUGCUCUGAAGAGUGGAAUUCGUCCUUAGUGACCAUUUCCAUUUUUAGUUUGUUAAUUGAUGUCUAUUAUUUGAAUUCUUGACAUUUUUCUCCAGUGUGAUUUGGAGAUUAUUUUGUUUACAAGCACUGAGUUGUGAUUUGCAUUGUUUUAUAUCGAAAGAUCUAUCUAUUUGUUGAAAAGCUUUCAUAAAGUGGAGGAAACUUUUCAUUA